AUGGUCGAUCACGUGACAAUCACACGUUUCCCGUCGAGCGAAGACGACAGAAGAAGAACGACCACCGAACUCGUUACUACCAUCGUCUUCUCUGCAAACGGUCAAGACUGCAUCUUCGGUUCCAAUGGCGGGUCUUUGUCGGGCCGUCAUGUGAUCGUGGAUUGGAAAUUCGGUGCGAUGGGUUUGGAACCGUAUGCCAGCCGGCUAGCCACCGCCUGUGGGGAGCUCCGACAAUCCGCGCCACAGCUCGGAGAGAUCAAUCCGACGACAAUCUACCGCAAGCUCUUCUCGCACAUCGUGGACACAGCCCAGGGACGGAUUGAGUCGCUGAAACUUCUUCUUUACCACGAGGCUACCGCGGUCGGGUUGAAUGUCCUGGGAGGCGUGUCGGAGCCAUUGGCGACUUCCUACUACAUCAAAUCCAAGACAAGCCUCAAGCUCCAAUCCGGCGCCAAAAUGAUCAUUGAUUCUGGUGAUGCCACCGUUGAUGCUUCAGUUGGGUAUGAGGACAGCAUGGGCUGCAUCAUGCAGGCUUGCGCAAGUGACGGGUUUCCUGAAGGUGGACAAAAGAUCAACGAAGAGGCGCUGGGCCCUGGACACAUCGUGAUACGUUAUGGAGAUGGCAAGGCUGCCACUAUAUCAUCCGAUACCACGAAAUCAUUCUUCGAGCCUCUGAUUUCGAGGGGUGUGGCGCUAGCUGAAAACAUGUGCAACCGGGCAAGGCUUGUUGGGCACCCUGUCAAUACAAUACUGGUCUGCGGUGGUGUUACGGGAAAUCGCUGGUUUUUCCAGGAAUUCGAGCAGCGACAGCUCUCUCAGACCGGCAUCGCCAUAUGCAUCCAGGUACCAGAGUCUGAGAUCAUUGCAAAUGGAGCACUCGCGUACUCUCGCAGUCCUAUUGUUGAAGCACAUGUCAUCGCGCAACGCCUUGGUCUGAGCUACAUCGGAGACUAUACAAAAAGCGGGAGGCGCCUGAAGUGUCGAGUGUGGCGCACCGGUAUAGGGUGGUUCCUCUCUGAGGGUCAACCAGCCACGGACCUGCCACGCCAACUAAUAUUUACUAAGGACAUCGAACCGGGCACCGAUGACGAAGCUGAUCACUUGAUCGAGACUGUACGCCACCUACGUGGAUUCGAGAGAACUCGGCCAACACAUCCGGAAAACGACCUUGUUGACUGGGACUGUGAGAUCACAUACCCGGUCACGGACUCGAUCCUUUCCACUUUGUCACACUUGGGCACAAUUUCCGGGAUCUUUCCACAUGAAAAACUGUUUCCCCUCGCGACUGAAAUGCACGAAUCAGAAUUCGAGCUCCAGAUUACCCUCCAGGCCUAUAACAACCUGUUGGAGGCUCAGUUUGCUGUCAAGCUUCCGAGCGGGAUUCUAUGUCCAUUAAAGGACGUGCGUUACUAUCCUUUACAAUUGGCACCCAGAUCUGAACUUCUGAAUCGGGGUGCUCUUUCCGAUCAAAUUCCGGUCAACGGAACUGCCAGAGAUGAACCGCGGUCAAUCCAUGAGCAGCAGAAUCUUACUUUAUCUGGUUCUUCUCUCUGGGUGUCCCCGGGAAGCCGUGGUCCAUCCACACUGGCACGAAAUGAACAUGCUGCGCGUGGUAUAAGCACAUCGGUCAACAACCCCCCAAAUAAGGUUAACAAUGACCUGCUAGACAGGCAACCUGAACCCGGCUAUCGCCGCCUUGCACACCAGCAGGCCACCCCCAAACUCGAGAGUGAUAGACACUAUGAGGAUAUCUGA